UUGCUAAUGAAUGGAGAAAGUGGGGGAGGCUGGCAGUCCAUAUUUCUACAGUCAAAGGUUUCUCCGUUUGACGCGCGUUUCUAGUUUCGAUAAUUUUUAUUAUCGUCAUACGAAAUAGAACACAUAAUAGGAACGUACUCCUCCGUAACAAAAUAAAACAAUGAAAUCCCUCUGGUAAACGAAAAGAUUCAUCGACAACCGUGCAACUUGAUCUGACUAAGCGCGCUAGCGCACUUGACAGCUCACUGUGCCAACGAUCUGUAUAUCGAGUGGCGAGUAAAUCUUUACGAUCUUUACGAGCCUUUAUAGCAUUGCGAGAAAAACGGCACGCGAUGCGAUGAGUGCGAUUCUACGAGUGCGGUUCACACGAGCGUAUUUGUGAUUCGCACGAAAUUUGUGGAAUAGCGACGAGUACAAUAAACGCCGAGUCGGUUGCACUGUCAGUUUUCCUGCCUUUUCUUUGCUACUUUUAAUCUCGUAUGAUCCACAAGUCCGCAAGUGACAAGUAGUAAUUUCGCGUGUCAAAGUGGUGGGAUAUCUCUCCGGCUGUUUAUUAACGUAACGUGCUACGUGUAACGUCGUUUGUAAACACUCUCAGCCAACUCUGUCCCAAAUGUCAAAAAACAAACUCAAUUUGACACUACCACCUGGCUCGAUCGAACCGGUACCAGCAGUGUCACCGUCACCACCAGUCCCACCUUUACCCACGUAUACGGAACCUUCAGUGAUACCCGACGUUAUGGGUAAAAUGAGCAUAGAUGCUAUCCAGGAGAGGUUGGAGGAACUGGAGAUGGACGACGAGCAAAGGAAGCGACUGGAGAGCUUCCUAGGGCAGAAAGAAAAAGUUGGAGAGCUGUGCGACGAAGAUUUUGAAAAACUGGGUGAAUUGGGCGCCGGUAAUGGUGGUGUCGUUAUGAAAGUGAGACAUAAAAAAUAUGGUCUGAUAAUGGCCAGAAAGUUGAUACAUUUGGAAGUGAAACCAGCUAUCAAGAAGCAAAUAAUCCGAGAACUAAAAGUGCUCCACGAGUGUAAUUUUGCGCACAUAGUCGGGUUUUACGGCGCUUUUUACAGCGAUGGAGAAAUUAGCAUAUGCAUGGAGUAUAUGGACGGUGGAUCGUUAGACUUAAUAUUGAAAAAAGCAGGACGAAUCCCGGAACCCAUCCUAGGUACAAUCACGUCUGCCGUAUUGAAGGGCUUGAGCUACUUGCGAGACAAACACGCGAUAAUGCAUCGCGAUGUGAAGCCGAGCAACAUUUUGGUCAACAGCGCGGGCGAGAUCAAGAUUUGCGAUUUUGGCGUAUCUGGGCAACUGAUCGAUUCGAUGGCCAAUUCGUUCGUCGGCACACGAAGUUACAUGUCGGUAAGCAACUUGCCGGAGAGAUUACAAGGGACGCAUUACUCGGUUCAGAGCGACAUUUGGUCGCUCGGAUUAUCGCUCGUUGAAAUGGCGAUCGGGAUGUAUCCUAUCCCACAACCGGACGAGAAGACGUUAGCUUCGAUAUUCGGUUCGCAAUCGGCGCCACCGCAACCCAGCACGGAGAACCCAGCGACGAAUAACGCGCCCACGCCAACCACCCAAUCGCCGGGUCACGGUGCGAGCAGUCCGAGGCCUAUGGCGAUAUUCGAGCUGCUGGAGUACAUAGUCAACGAGCCACCGCCCAAACUGCCACCCGGGAUAUUCAGCGACGCUUUCACGGAUUUCGUGGACCGGUGCCUGAAGAAGAACCCAGCCGAGAGGGCGGACCUGAAGACGCUGAUGAAUCACGAGUGGAUCAAGAAGGCCGAGUCGGAGAACGUGGACAUUGCUGGCUGGGUGUGCCGCACGAUGGACUUGCAGCCGACUACGCCAACGCGUUUAGCGAGCGUGCAAUCCUGAAUAAAUGUAACUCUUACAUACUUGACCACGUACAUUCGCGUUCAGUAUUCCUAAGUUAUCGUUUAGUCUCUUUCGAUUUCCAUUCGAUCACACACGGUGGCGUUUAUCCUCGUUUCUUCUCGUCGCGGUGUUAAUCUUUUGCGAAAUUUCUUAUCGGAUUUAUCGGAAAUUUGCUGGACGUGCCAACUCCGUUCACGAUUCCCGGCCGUAUCCACCGUCGAACGGCCGCGUGAGCGGUUUACAGAGAUUAUGAUGAUUAGACGGAGAUGCGCGCAGAUUGCGAGAGUCGCCAGGAACGUGGUCUGAACGAUCGAUUUACCAUCAUCCGUUUUCUUUUACGAAGGAGGAAAGUGAACCAAAGGAGAAGAAGAAAAAGCGAUUACGGCUAUGAUCGUAUAAUUGUAUAUAAGUAGUAAUCAACAAAGUGUGUAGUGCAAGUGGGGUACACGUUCGUUAGCUCCGUUUGGACCGGACAAGACUGCACGAGAGACGAGCGUCUGGAAAGACUCCGGAGCUCGUUCGUUUCAUUCGCUGACGCGAAGUGCUAUCGCUGUCCGAGUAAUUUGCACGCAGCACGCCACUGUGCCAGAUAUUUUAAUUUGAGUAAUGUUCAUUUUAUGCGUUCUUUCGCCUCCGUUCAAAGUAUGUAAGACGAAGAAUUGCGAUAUGAGUUUAUUAUUAAAGACUCGUGAGCAGAUUGUGUUCCCCGUGAUACAUAUUAUAGGAUACACGAUUGAGCAUCGAAUCUAUACGCGAACGUCAUCCGAGGAAUCCAACUGCAGAAAUUUGACUCAGCUAUUUGUAUAACUGUAUUUGUACCUGACAUCCGUACGAACCGUAUUCACACGAUCAGAAACUCGUGCGUGCGUGUAUAUCGCUACUGAAACUGUCGUUUUUACGUCAAAAUACAUGACAUGGCUGCGAUUGAAUGCGAUUUCAACUUAUUUUAUCUUUGUUCCUUGAUUUUUUCACCAAAGCGGUAAUACGAGGAUAUCCUCGUACGGGACCUAGAUUACCUUUGAAAUGAUUUGUCCCGCGAGUUUUUGCGACUUAAUAAUUGAACGUAUAAACGUAUUGGAUAUCGUCGGCCACUAUGCAUUAUGCUCUUUGUCUUAUAUUUAAAAUAGAAAGCGUUACCACAUCGCGCAUAUAUGAACCUUUCAGUUUGUCGACUGUCAAUGUCGAUGUCGAUGUCGAUGUGGUAAACGAUUAAUUGAACGAAAAGAAAAAAUAGAAAGAGGCUUAUCUUUUUUCUUUUUUUUUCACAUAAUCGCGGCCUUACAUUGUGAUUGCAAUGUUACUUGAUAAGACAGUUUCAAAACUGCAAAACUCGUUGCAUGAAGAGUAUUUUUGAUCGUGAAUCCUUUUGCUGCAAAUUACGUGUUGUACACAAUGAACGGCAAUGUUCUCCGUUCCACUUUGUUGGCGCUCAAUAUACAACGAGAGCUGGAUCCUGUAAUCUUUUAUGAUAGUUUAGAGAUAUAAAACAUGCAUGUGAUUACGAUAGUAAAACUCGAGUAUUUCCAAUAUACAAUAAAUAAAUCAAGUAGAUAGAAGGGAGAGAACAAAAGGAGAAAAAAGAUUUCUAGAGACUGCAGCGAAAGGAUUGACUUUGAUUGAGCAGUUUUCGCAAAGCGCGUUUCAAACGUGCCGUGUUGCUUUACGACUACUACUAGUGAUUAACUUGAGAGAUUGACGGAUACUUGAAGAACAAAAUAUUGAUAGUAUUGAUACGUGCAUUUUUCAUUUGAUCAUGCGUCAUUCGAUAUAGACACUUUACGAUAACUUUAUCAGACAUUGGUACGUUUUAUCAUUGAUAAAAGUGGCAAGACUUGAAUCUUGUUCGCAACGCCAUGCGCGCAAGUAGUAUAAUCAGCGCAACAGGAUCACGUUUCACGCAACAACACGUAUAGAUGUAUUAAAUCGUACUAUUACGACCAGUUUAUCGUAUGUUGCAUUUUCUUAUGUCAAAUAUAUUUCGCGUAGAGAUGUAAUCUACAAGUUAAUCUCGCGUUACACAUUCACAGCAGCCGUCUCCGAGUUGGCUUAAAAAUCACCGGAUUGUGUUGCGAGUGUAAAUCGCGAUGUUUGUAAAUCGAAUAAGAGAUAGUGUCUCUAAGUAUGUAAGUAAAGAUGUAAGUAUGUAGGGGCGUAAAACGCUCGGAAAUUGGGUUGUCACAUGACGUUACAUUGCGCGAUUAACAAAUGGUAAUAUUGAUAAGAAGAAAUACAAAGCUGUUGUAAAAUG